AUGCUUUGGUGUUCAAGUCCUGACCGAUUGCGUUGCAUACACAGACAUUUUCUCUGGCACUUACUCACUUUAAGUCUGUCGAUCAUCCAGGGUUUCGCGGUCUCAAGAGCGCUGUACGCAGACCAUUCGCCUGUUGUCCGUCUCACAGACGACAACUUCCGACGACUGGUGUUGGACUCGUCAGAAACCUGGCUGGUAGAGUUUUACGCACCCUGGUGUGGCCACUGUCGCAGUCUCGCACCAAACUGGGAAAAAGCGGCUCGAAGACUGAACGGUCUCGUGCGUGUCGGUGCAGUCGACUGCGAGCAAAACAGGGCGCUGGCCCAGGAGUACAAUAUUCAAGCGUUUCCAACGAUCAAGCUUUUCACCGGACGCAAACGCACCACUGAGCGCCGCCAGCCUCUGGACUACCACGGAGGCCGCUCACUGAAAGAUAUUGUACGUUUCGCGCGUCGCUCGCUCGUCGGGUAUGUCCACACAGUGGAUCCCAGCGGUGUGGACGCUUUCCUCCGAGAGGAAUCCUCAAAAGGCCACGUGCUUCUGGUGACCACGAACCAGCGCACGAGUGCGAUUUAUCGAGCGCUCUCUGAGCGCCAUGUCGACCGUGCACUCUUCGGUGUUAUGCGGCUUGCCGCGCAUGAUGAGGCCUCUAUGAGCGCGCUCUUGAAGCGCCUGGGGGCGCAACCUCGUCUCCCCGCGGUCAUCGGUGUUCCGGCUGGAGCAGACCUGGACUCAAAUACGGUACUCGUCCUCAAUGAUAGAGAGAAAAUGAGCAUCCGGGCUCUCGAUGACCUGGUGAGGCAACUUGUCAACAAAACGAACCGCCAACCGACGACAAAGCCGACGGCGACGGCAAACAUAGAGAAACGCUCCAGCACGACCGCGCAGGCGGCCGGAAACAGUUGGCACGAUCUAUUCGGAAAUGAGUGCACCGCUCGGGAUUCAGUCCGACUUUGCGUGAUCUUAGCUCAACCAGAACUAGAGAAGCUUGUCGACGCACUGAAUGAGAAAUACGUACACGAUGGCGUGCACGUAGCCAUGAGAGAGGCACGUGUGUUACGCUCGCGACUCAAACUCGCCCCAAAUACCUUGGCGCUGGUGAUUCGACCGCGUAAGCAGCGCAUAGCUGUGCUAGAACACGACGUCGUUAACGCAUUACCCGCAGCGGAUGGGAUCAGCGCUUUUAUUGAUCGCGCCUUGGGAGGUGAUCUGCGAUACCGACCGCUCAGCGACCUUUUAGAACCCUCGACGGAUGCAACCAGAGAUGAGUUAUAA